GCAUCGCUGCCGGUGCCCCGGGCAGGCAUUCACCUUCCCGACGGCUCCUUGCUGUAACCGCGUUUCCGGCGCGUCUCCCCAAACGCGAGCAACUCCAUUAUCUAACUCUACACAUACUUUACAACACUACCAAACUCUCUUCAAUCUUCCGCAUCACCAGCGCCUUCUACAUCUCCCAAUAACUCAGACAGACCACAAGAGCAAAAUGCCCAAAAGGGGAAUUGAGUACGAGUCCGAUGGAGGUUUCGUUGAAGACGGCGAAUCCACCUCAGCCCGCAAGACCAAGAAGACCAAGAAAAACACAUCAUCAGAGUCGAAGGGCAGUGCUGGUAGUGUCUGGGAGGUAGGCGAUCUCUCUCCAACUCCCAGUUCAGCGCUUGGCUGAUGCUGGUAGCUAUCUUCUGGUAGAACUCCAAGACGAGUGGAGAUUUCAGAGUUCAAGAAUAUGAAGUUGAUCAACAUCCGCGAAUUCUACGAAAAGAACGAUGAAUAUCUACCUGGCAAGAAGGUAUUGGUACUCACUUCUUCUUGCUAGCGAUUGAUUCUGAUCCUGUUGUAGGGUAUUUCGCUCACGGUGGACCAAUACAAGGCCUUUCUAAAGGCCAUUCCGGAGAUCAAUGCGAGCCUCAAAGCUGCUGGCGUUGCUGUCGAGGAGUCUACCGCCAUGGACGAAGAUGAGCCCGUCAAGGACGAGAAGCCGGCAAAAAGAAAGACAAAAAAAGACGCCAAGAAGGCAAACAUCGAAGAAACAAGUGAUGAGGAGGAAUGAGGAAUGCUGGCGGAAGUGUCACUGUCACGAUAUGAAGAUUUGAUAUGAAUAUUUGCUUGGGUUUUAUGCUUGCUACGAUAUUGUAUCUGGGCUGGAGUUUUUUUACGCAGGAAAUGUGUCUGUGCAGUGAGCUGGCAGAUCAGAAGUCUUUCAAUGGACGCAUUUAGCUGUGGGAAUUGUGUGAUUGAGAUACGAGAUCCUCAAUCCAUAUGGAUCUGGUCUCUACUGGCGAUAUGAACUGCCGUUUUGCUGGAUAAGAACAAUACAUAAUAUCAUACGCCUGGUCUCCCGUGUAACAAGCUGAACGGCGGAUUAUAUCUCCUUUUUGGGCGAAUCUGCGUUCUCUGAGUACGCCGCUGUAUGAGUCCAUUUCUUCAUCCCCAUUGCUACAUGGCUUGAAACCAUGUCUAUUGGCACCAUGGCUGGCUCCCAUCGAAGCAUUGGAUUUGAUUCACUCAGAAUGUCUCCGACAGCCAUGCCGACCCUCAGUGGCCUCCGCAGUAUGGACCUAUCGAAAAAUUCACUCAAAAUUGUGAUUAGGGUAUCAUCACGAUUCACUACGUCAAGCUUCCUGAAUACACUAUACCCAUAUGCAACACCAUGCAGGAGGAAGUGAAGUCCUCAAAGCACAGUGGCACUAAAUCAUCACGCCAUCCAAUCAACAUGCGAUCGCAAACCACCAUUUCCUCCAUCCCCAGGUGAAGCAUCCAAAUACCCCACCGUCCAAUCAGCAACCGAUCGCAAACAGCAAUUCCUCACAAGUGAAGCUUUGCAAAUAAGUUCCAUCCAAUCAGGAUCCGAUCGCAAACCGCAAAAUCUCACAAGUGAAGCCUUGAAAACACCUUGUGGUCCAAUCAGCUUCCGAUCGCAAAACAUUGAAGAGUUGCGAUGUGCAACAAAAAUCUUUUUCAUGCUUCACUUUAGGAGCUCCUUUGCGAUCGGACCCUGAUUGGUCGAUGAGGUGUUUUGGUGCUUCACUUGAGUAGCUUCACUGGCGUGGGCUGUUGAGACUUGGGUGUUGAAGCUUCGGCUUUACAUGCUUCACUUGAAAGAUGUUGCGGGCUGGGAACUACGCGGCAAAGGCACUUCCUUCCUACCUUGAAAAACGCAUAUAAUCUGCCACCUCACUGGUGGGUAAGCUGGACUCUGGGUGAUGAAGCGAUUUGCAAGGAAUACGUUAUAUAUUUGUAAGGAAUACGUUAUAUAUGGUCAUUCACUUAAAAGAGAGUGGAGAUGGGAUGAUUGGACGAUCCGUGAAUAGGGU